AUGGCUGGGGGUAGUUAUCUUGAACACGAGCUGAGGGAUGAGUUCAUAGGCUAUUGCUGCAAAAGGUGCGAGGAGUGGGAAAAGGAGAACUAUAAAAAGAAGACCUUCCAUGGCAAGCGAUGCCAAAAAGAACCUGCUCCCGUGGAGAGAGCCACACAAUCACCUCCUCGUGCGACAGGCACCAGCACCACAGCUUCCGCCAGCGCCGCCUCGAGCCCUGAACAGCCAAGUGGGGCAAAUGAUCGGACGUCAGCGGCGGAACAAGGAGGCGCUGAUGAGAGACAGCCGGAAGCGGAGAUGUUCCCAGAUGGGGAUCCCAAGGAAGAUGCUCCCCGAUGGGAGCACACCUUCCAGACGAAGUUUGGGGUCAGUGACAUCUGGGCCACUGCGGGAGUGGACCCCAGCGGCGAAAUGCAACCGCAAUGGCGGGCACCAGGUGCGGUCCAUGGAAGCACACUGGUGGUGGUGCAGACCGAUGAGGAAGCACCAGAGGUUUUGCGGAUGGAAGUGCAGUCGGGCUUUUGGGUCACCUUGGCUGAGAGGAAUCCUAGCAGUUGGAGUAUCACCAGCUGCUUCCAAGAACCCAGUAGCUCCUGGAACCAGCUCUUCAAAAAGGCCAAGCACCUCGUAGAGGCUUGGUACAAGCCAGAUCGUUGGUGGAGCUGGGCGAAGAAAAGCUUCGAAGACUUUGAGAAGGUCCAGCUCUCACUGCGUCAUGCGUUGCCGCAGCUUGAGCAGAACAAGGAAGGCCUUGCGAAGAAGUGCGAAGAACGAGACGAGGCACGAAAAUCGGCCUUGGAAAGUCUUGAGGGUUUCCUCACUACGGCGAGCAAAGCUCGGAAAAGCGCUUGCGACUGGCACGGCGGUGCAGAGCGGAUUCACCAGAUAGAAAGUGCGAGACAGUGGGCUGAUGAACUGAAAGAAGGAACUCAGCUGCAAGUCGGCGAAGAGGUCAAAGGAUUGGCAGCUCAGCACUUUAAGGUGGUUCUCAGUAGAAACAAGAUGAGAAGUUCUGAUGUCGAACUACAUAACGAACGGGACCUCGAGAAACAGGGUCAAAGCAGGACGGUUGGUGAAAGCAAACUGGAGUUUCUCCAAAAAGAGCGGGACAAGUACCGAAAGGAUGAGAAAGAAGCGACGAGCUUCUACUUCCGCAAGAUGGCGGAGCUCUGCCGCAAGGCCAACCGUUUGGCGCCCGAGAUGCUGCCGGCGCUGCGGCAACACACGGAUAAGCAGAUCUCCUAUACGCUGUCGAAGUUGCCGCCGCAUGAACAGGCGCAAGUAAUGCAAAUCUUCGAUCACAACAUCAGCAUUUCGCACUAUGACCCAGAUUCAUUGAAUAAAGGGAAGCGGCUUAGCCAAUCAGGAGCUCGACAUGCAGUCUAUGAGAUGCGGUAUGAGGGCAACCCCUGUGUGGUGAAAGUUUUCGACUUUCACGCGACGCAUCACAGCAUUCCAACCUUCAUACAGGAGGUGGUCCUGCAUGUGAGGUUGCAACAUCCCUUGGUGGUGCCCCUGCGGAGAGCAUUCAUUGACCACAAGGAGCACCGCGGUUUCCUUCAGUUCGAUCGCUACGAGUGCAAUCUGCAAGAUCAUCUGACCAGGAUGAGAAAAUUGGAGCGUGUGCCGCACCAAUUCAAGGAGCCAGCAGAGGCUGGCAUGGUGGAUAAGAUGCCGAGCAAAAUCACGCAGAUGAUGAUCCUUUCUGUUGCACAUGUGCACAGCCAUCGGGUGGUCCAUGGAGACUUGAAGCCUUCGAACUGGUUGUGGGACGCACAGAGGGAAGUUCCAAUCCUCUGUGACUUUGAGACGGCGAAAGACCAUGGCAUCAACAUCACCCGGACCACCACGUCCACUUGGCGAAGCGAGGGCUAUACGGCCCCGGAAUUGCAGGACAACAAAGAACGUCCGACCUUGGCAUCAGAUGUCUUCGCGUUGGGCCGUUCCAUUGAGACGGUGCUCUCCACCGUGCACCAGUCCAGAAGCUCGGAACGAGACAAUCUGAAGGGCUUCGUGGACAAGAUGGUGUGCAACGAGCCAUCGCAGCGGAUCACUGCGCCAGCUGCGGCGGAAGCAUGGUGGAGUGAGAUCUUGAGCGGAACAGAUGGCUAUCAACAUCUCGUCCGUGCGGAUGAGGUGUUGUUCACUCAGGCGAAAUGCAGCGAGACCUUCUCGGGAGGACCUCACCAGGGUCAACCCCUAGAGACUCUGAUUGAGGCGAUUGUUGCAAAUCCAGAAUACCCGCUGAAGGAUGAGAGGUUGAUCAUUGAUGUGGUGAAGAAAGGCUUGGCGUUGCAAUCUGUGGACAACCGGCGGCUCUACUGCUUCCGCGAAGCUCAACGAAGACUGCAACGCUACCACCAAAGCGAUGCCGUUGUUUGGAUCAAGAUCCGUGAGCACAAGUAUGACAUUGUACAGGAGCGCUUCGUCAAACACUACGACACCAUAGAUGGUGGCAAAUCAAUCAUUGUGCGUGGCCAGUCGCGACGACAAGGCUCGAAGGUCAUGCAGGGCUGUGGUGACUAUCGCUGCUCCCGCUGGCAGCAGGGUCUCAUCCAUUUGGGAGCCAAGGUCAUCAUCUUGCAAGGCAUCUUUGGCACGAUCCCCUCAGCGGCCCAGAGCUUCACCACGAUGUACUUGCAGCGGGGCCUGAUGGGUUUCCGCUCAAAAGCGGUUCCAGGCCGUCACUCUGAUCACUUCGGUGCUGACGCACGGCUGUGGCACCUAAAGACCCUGGCCAGGUCACAGUGUCUCCGAAGGGUGAAGGUUGGUGCAGGGUCCCCUGUUCGCUGGCGUGCCUUAGCCGGCACGCUGGAAGCGAAACUUCGAGGCGGUGGCUUGGGCACCCGCUACGGCUGGCGUCGUUUUGGUGGUCUGGCGCUGCAGCACCACACCUGUCAGAGGCGAUUCACGGCGCUGGAGGAGUGCGUGCACAAUUCGGAGAGCUGUCCUUUGGGCGUGGUGGUGGGCCACAUUCUGAUGCUCCUAAGCCAUCCCGAGAGCUAUGCCUUUGACAUCCGGCUCUUAGAUUCGCACGAAGAGGUGCACAGAUGGGAACUCCUGGGUUCAUCUUUGGGAUAUUUUCUAUGGAACCUGCCUGGAUUUCGGCUUCUGGACAUUCUGUACAGCGGCUGGCCCCUCUUCGCCCUGCUCCGCGCCCUGCGUCCGCAGCUGCGACGCCUGCGGCGCGGGCAAGGUGGUGCCGUGGCGGAGGAUUUCGCACUGAGGCUGCGGAAGGCGCAGGAGACUCGAGACAGGGCAGAUCGGACAGGCUCCCUAUCCAGGAUAGACGUUGAAUAUCUCUCCGGUGUAUCCCUGUGUGGGAUCUUGGAGUCGCACGGAAUGUUAGCGCGCACGGGAUGUCCUUUAACGCAAGCACACCAGGCCUUAGAAGCUGCAGAGCUUGCGGCCGCUGAUGCUGGCAGCACCCUCCGCCGGGAAGAGCUCGGAGUGAUGGAACGACACGUUGAGACUGCCCAGCUGCACCUGCAAGAACUCAUGUGGUGGAUGCAAGGCCCCAAUGAUGGCUGGAAGACCCCAGCUGCCCGCAUCGCUACUUUGAUGCUCAUCGCCUCUGACUCUUUGUUGCCCAUCCUCUCACGGCUUCAGAAACGCCUGGACCGCAUGUUGCUGCUGCGGACCGCGGAAGACUUCUGCCCUGCCAAGGAUCUUCCAGAGCAGGGUCUGCUGUCGGCCGAAGCGAAGUACAUCCAGCACUUCCACGAGACGCUGCGGGAAAGGACACCGAGGCAAUCACCAAGCACUCUCAACAGCAUCCGAGAGGCGAACAGCACCUCAAAGGAGGCCUGGGUGACCUUUCUUUGGGGUGGCGAGAGUGACCGCGCGGUAAAGGCGGCCAUUUUGAACUCAGAGGUCAUUCGAACCAUGGCGCACUCCGUGCGGAAGUGGGAGGCAACGGGAGCGGGCACCUUGCGCGCCUUCCUGGUUUUGACCGUGGGGGACGUGCCCGACAUGGUCGCCUCGGAGCUACGCUCAGAUGGGCUACGAGUGCGACCCAUAGGUGACAAUGAAACGAUCCCAAUUUGGAACUCCUCCUUCGACAUGCAAACACGGCAGUUGGGCAACUGGUUCAAAGACCGCGGGCUCCAACCCAGCUUUGCUCAGCUGGCAGCCUUCACCCUAACGGAGUACACACGAGUUGUAGUUUUGGAUGCUGACGUCCUCAUGCUCCAGCCGUGUCAUGAACUCUUUCGGCUGCCGCUGAUCCUUGCUGCAGCCCCUGAGACCCAUCGUGACCAGGAAGAGAUAUUUGGCCAUGGGCGGACCUACCUGCUGAAUGCGGCUGUGAUGGUUGUGAGGCCCAAUUUAUUCACCUUUGAACGCAUAAAGGAAGCAGUGCAGCAACCUGCCUUCCGCUCCCUUGCCGACAAGAUAGGAGUUCUGGGACAGGCCACUUUCCAGUCUUUGAUGGAUGCCUAUCUCACCACCGAGAACUUCUGGCGCCUGGGAGCUGUCCUCUGGGACUCUCAGGGGAGCUUCGAAGGCUGUGCUCUUUCAGGAGAAGCUGUGGUGGACGUUGGGAUAUGGUCUUUGGAUGAUCUUGUUUAUAUAUAUGUACAUAGUUAUACACACACAUAUAUAUAUAUAUAA